AUGACUGGGCAAGAACCUGCCAUAAUUGACCGAAUAUCUGAUGCUUCAAGAAAGGCGACAAAUGCUAUAGGAGAUUGGUGGCAUCGUGUAAGUGCCGAAAAUCGUCCACCUGCCAAUCCAGCAGAUUUGGUUCCAGUCAAAAGUCUACCAAUAUAUAAUGACCCCAAGCCCGAAAAACGGUAUAAAUUUGUGGUCGAGGAGCCUCUACCUUUGCAGAAUGGAAUUUCUCAUCUACGACAUGCAUUUGAAACCGAAUACGAAAGGCUAGCGAGCAGGUUCAGGACCGUUGAUAAGACUGUGUCAAAAUCGAAAGUUGCAUUGACGAAAACUAAAAAUUACCUAGAAGAUGAGUGGACGGUCCUACCGAAAGCUGCUGCUAUCACUAUAGGAGGCAUGGCUGGUUUCGUACUUGGCUUGAAGAGGUGA